UGCUUAUCUGCCAAUAACCCCAGAGAUUCAUUUUUUUUUAAAAAAAACAUAGUCAUAAUACUUGUCUUUUUCUAUCAUUUGUACGUAACGAGCUAUGUUGAGAGCUACUCCACGACUUUUAGCAACAACUCGCUUAAGACUACCAGUUGCAUGUCCUUCAGUGGCUCAGCGUCGGCUUCAACAUACACGACCUGGUAUUUUCGCUCCUUUCUUUCAACCCUCAAAUGAAGAAAAAGUUGAAGAACAAGCACGACAACACUACCCACGUCUUACAGCUUACGAUACAGCCAAGUAUAAAAAACCACCUACGUGUAACAAAAUGUUAGUACGUGAUUUCAUUGACGAUUCUCUUUAUAAUCCCAAUUACGGUUACUUUUCAAAACAAGCUGUCAUUUUCUCUCCUGAAACUGAUUUUGACUUCAACAACAUGCGAGAUCACUUGGAAUUCAUGAACAUUCUCGGUCAGUUGUAUAAGGAUAUGGAAGGGGAAGCAGAUGAAGUCGAUGAAGUAGCUAGACAAGUGUGGCAUACACCUACUGAAUUAUUUAAGCCUUGGUAUGGAUAUGCAAUUGCUAAAUACUUGGUCUCAGAAUACAAGCUCAAUCUAUUCCCUCAUAAGGAUCUAAUUAUUUAUGAAAUGGGUGCUGGUAACGGUACUCUCAUGUUGAAUAUCCUCGACUAUAUCCAACAAUACGAACCUGCAGUCUAUCAACGUACUCAAUACAACAUCAUUGAAAUUUCUGGUAAAUUAGCGGAAAGACAGUCAGAAAGACAAGAUGUAAGAGAAGCAAAGGAUCAACACAAAUGUGUCAAGAUUAUCAACAAAAGUAUAUUUGAUUGGGACAUCCAUGUGCCUGAUCAAUGCUUCUUUUUGGGCAUGGAAGUCAUUGACAAUUUUGCCCAUGAUUUGAUCCGUUACGAUCUUGAGAGCUUAAAGCCUUAUCAAGCCCUUCAAUUCUGGCUCAAAUGUUUACAAUCCUUACCUUUGGCCCCCAAUAUGACUUCGGCAGAAUUCAUUCCUACUAAGCUCUUUUUGUUACUCGAGACACUCAAGACAUAUUUCCCUCAACACCGUCUUGUCUUGUCUGACUUUUCUAGUUUACCUGAUUCUGUCGAGGGUGUAGAUGCUCCCGUUGUUCAGACAAGAUACAGAGGUACAAUGGUGCCAUGCUCAACAUAUAUGGUGCAGCCUGGCUGGUUUGAUAUCUUUUUUCCAACCAAUUUUGAAUUACUAAGAGAUAUGUAUUUGCUUGUUUGUCGUGGAUCAAGAGCAGGCAAUGAUAAAUCUGUCAAAGUAAUGACACACCGUGAAUUCUGUGAACGAUAUGGUGAUGUAGAAAGAACAACCACUAGAAGCGGAGAAAAUCCCAUGUUAAUGUACUAUGAAAACAUGAAAAUGAUUAUCACCUAA